AUGUCUUCAAUGUUUCAUUCAAUUGCAGAAGCAAAGCACUGGAUAAUGGCUAUGGUGGGCAAGGCAAGAGAAGCAGGUUUUCCAUUGAUGAAGCUGGUUAGGUUGAGAGGGCUGCCUAUUUUGCAGCAAUUGCAUUUAGAGGAACGAUUUCUUCGAACCAGUUCAGAUAAUUGGUGCCUUAUUAAUGAUGGAACCAGUUCCCCUGCCAUUGUAAUGGGCUUGUCUGGAAAGUGCAGUCAUGCAACGGUGCCUGUGUCUUGGAGAUACCUGGCAUCCCUUGAAGAACUUAUUAAGCUUUUGAAACUCUCUGCUGACGCCAAAUGGCUACAAGUUGGCAAAGCCAUACAUAGCCAGUUGCUCAUUCGCAACCAAACUUUAAAGCACUCUGACAUCACUCAACUCAACUCCCUAAUCCAUCUCUAUGUCAAAUGUGGCCAACUGUGUCUUGCCCGAAGAGUGUUUGAUGCAAUGCCCCAGAGAAAUGUGGUUUCUUGGAAUGCUUUAAUGGCGGGGUAUCUGCACGGUGGGGAUCACUCGGAAGUCCUUUUGCUCUUCAAAAACAUGGUUUCAUUGCAAAAUGCAUGCCCCAAUGAGUAUGUGUUCACCACUGUUCUUUCUUCUUGUUCUCAUAGUAGGAGAGUCCAAGAGGGGAUGCAGUGUCAUGGGUAUUUGUUCAAGUUUGGAUUUGUGUCUCAUCCGUAUGUGAAGAGUACGCUUGUUCACAUGUACUCAAGGUGCUCUCAUGUGAAGAUAGCAUUGCAGGUUUUGGAUACAGUGCCUUGUGGGCAUGAUAACGAUAUCUUCUCUUAUAACUCUGUCUUGAAUGCACUUGUGGAAUCUGGGCUUAGGGAAGAGGCUGUGGAAGUCUUGAGGAGGAUGGUGGAUGAAUGUGUAGUUUGGGAUAAUGUUACAUAUGUCAGUGUCAUGGGCCUUUGUGCUCAGAUUAGAGAUUUGCAAUUGGGUUUGCGAGUUCAUGCCCGGUUGUUGAGGGGUGGUUUGAUGUUUGAUGAAUUUGUUGGUAGUAUGCUGGUAGACAUGUAUGGAAAAUGUGGUGAAGUUUUGAAUGCAAGGAAAGUUUUUGAUGGCUUGCAAAAGAAGAAUGUAGUUGUGUGGACAGCCAUCAUGACUGCUUAUUUGCAAAAUGGUUAUUUUGAGGAGACUUUGAAUCUUUUUACAUGUAUGGAUCGAGAAGAUAUUCUGCCUAACGAGUACACUUUUGCAGUUUCUCUUAAUGCAUGUGCAGGGAUAGUGGCACUGAGACAUGGUGAUCUAUUACAUGCUCAGGUUGAGAAAUUAGGUUUAAAGAAUCAUGUCAUUGUUAGGAAUGCUAUGAUAAAUAUGUAUUCCAAGAGUGGCAGCAUUGAUUCCUCGUAUAAUGUAUUCUCAGAUAUGAUAUAUCGAGAUAUUAUUAGUUGGAAUGCUAUGAUAUGUGGGUAUUCCCAUCAUGGACUUGGUAAACAGGCUUUAUUAGUGUUUCAAGGCAUGGUGUCUGCUGGAGAAUGUCCAAACUAUGUAACCUUUAUCGGGGUUCUUUCUGCUUGUGCUCAUUUGGGUCUUGUACAGGAAGGAUUUUAUUACUUGAACCAGGUAAUGAAAAAUUUUAAGAUUGAGCCUGGAUUGGAGCACUACACCUGUAUGGUUGCGCUUUUGUGCAGGGUUGGUUUGCUUGAUGAAGCUGAGAACUUCAUGAAGACAACUCAAGUGGAGUGGGAUGUUGUUGCCUGGAGAACUUUGCUUCAUGCAUGCCACAUUCAUCGAAAUUAUGACUUGGGGAAACGAAUUGCUGAAUCUGUCUUACAAAUGGACCCUCAUGAUGUGGGGACAUACACAUUGCUAUCAAAUAUGUAUGCCAAGGCAAGUAGGUGGGAUGGAGUCAUGACGAUUCGGAAACUGAUGAGGGAAAGAAACAUUAAGAAGGAACCUGGAGUAAGCUGGCUGGAGAUAGCAAAUGAAAUCCAUGUCUUUCUUUCAGAAGACAGUAACCAUCCCGAGUCUAUUCAAAUUUAUAAGAAGGUCGAACUCUUGUUGGAAAUGAUUAAGCCAAUAGGAUAUGUGCCAAAUAUUGCCGCUGUGCUGCAUGAUGUUGAAGAUGAACAAAAGGAAGGUUAUCUUAGUUAUCACAGUGAGAAGCUGGCCAUAGCAUAUGGCCUCAUGAAAAUACCUUCACCAGCACCUAUCCGCAUAAUUAAAAACCUACGGAUGUGUGAUGAUUGCCACACUGCUCUAAAACUAAUAUCAAAGGUCACAAACAGGCUGAUAAUUGUUAGAGAUGCUAGCCAUUUUCAUCAUUUUCGAGAUGGAUCCUGUACUUGUGCUGACAACUGGUAGCAUUUACAUAAAUUUUGCAGUCAUGGUUGUUUGAAGUGAAUAUUGUAGGUUCUACACCACAUUAGCACGGACUGCAUCUUAAGGGUAUCAAGCAUAGUCUGAGAAUGUCUAUUCAACUUGGAUAACAUCUGUGUAAAUUUUAUGGAUCUUCUUGUGGUCUAAGUUUCUUGAAAUCAAUUCAAUUUUCGUUUGGUCUAAAAUAAAUCAUUGGUGAUAUAGAAACUUUGUAUCUUUCUGUGUUGCGCUGAAAAGAGGAGUCACUGAAAUGGUUGAUAGGAGCAACUAUACCAACUGCAUUUCUGAAAUAUCUUCAAGCAAUGGAUAACUGAUAUUUCAAGCUGACUGUAUUAGAAUGGGAUCGCCGAAGAUUUCUACCACUCCAAAUGAUACUAAAUUCUCUUCCGAGAUGUUAUUGGUGAGCAUCAGCAACCUUAUGGUGGCGUUCUUUUUCUGUCUCUUGGGGCUGGAUACCAAUUGAAAUUUUGUUAUUAUAACUAACUCUUCUUCCAGAUGCCACUGAAAUUCUUAUUUCUAUUGAAUUUCUGAUCUUUUAUUUCACAUAAUAGGAAGAAAAAGCAACUUCACACUUCACAAAGAGUUUCAAGUCAACAAAAUAAAUGCUAUCCAAAUUAAAUAGUGCCCA